AUGUCUAAGCAAAUUAGACAGCUGUUUUCAAUUAUUUCAACCCUUUGUGAACCUGACAACCCUUUGCAUCUUUGGAAUACAUACAAAGCUAUUAUGAUGGAGGGCUUCAUUCAUCGCCAAGUUCCAUUUAUAUUAGCUGAACAAACUACUCUUCAUCAAAUCGAAAAGAUUAUUAUUCAAAAUGGUAAAAUGCUAUCUGAUUAUAAUUUGCCUGUUAUUGAUGAAUUCAUAGAUUUUAAUCUAGAAAAUUUAAAUAAUAAUGUUCAGCAAUCAAUUAACGAAGCUAAUAUAAUGAGACCGCUUCUCAAUGUCAAUCAAUUAUAUGUAAGCAAUGCUGUCCUUACUGCAUUGAACAAGCAACUAAGUGUAGAAAAUCAACAUUCCAGAUUGUUUUUUAUGGAUGGACCAGCCGGUAGUGGCAAAACUUUUACAUAUAUUUAUUUGAUUGCUGAAACGAGCAGUAAGGGUGUUAAACCUGCUACAGCUGCAUGA